AUUAAAAUAAACACGUGAUUAGAAUCACGUUAUAAUUUAAAAAUUUUAUUAUAAUUAAAUAUUAUAUACUAUAAAUUCUCUCAAUGAAUAAAUUAAACGAUAUUGAUUCUGGGGAAAAAGGGGAGAAAGAUAUAUGUGCUUUUGAUGAAACCUAUGUUGAUUCCUAUUUUGGGAAAAAAUGCAACUUACAAAUCGUAUGGUUCAACGUUUAUUGGUAUAUUGUGCUUCAUUGUUUAGCCCUUUAUGGCCUCUAUUUGACGUUCUCUACAGGAUUAUCUACACUAAUAUUUACCUUAUUUAUGUAUGCCAUAUCUGGUUUGGGAAUUACAGCUGGUGCUCAUCGUCUUUGGAGCCAUAGAUCAUAUCAGGCUAAAACACCCCUUCAAAUUUUAUUAGCUAUAUUUAAUACAGCUGCUGCUCAAAAUAGUGCUAUAGAAUGGUGUAGAGAUCAUAGAGUUCAUCACAAGUAUUCUGAAACAAAUGCAGAUCCCCAUAAUGCUUUACGAGGCUUUUUCUUUGCACACAUGGGUUGGUUAAUGGUAAGGAAACACCCAGAAGUUAAAUCGAAAGGGAAAAAUAUAUCUAUUAAAGAUUUGGAAAACAAUCCAAUAUUGAAAUUUCAAAAAAAAUAUUAUCUACCAUUGGUUAUAUUAAUUGGAGUAAUAUUUCCUACAUUUCUUCCAACAUUAUGGGGUGAAAGUGCUUGGAGGGCCUUUUUUGUAUCUGGUAUAAGCAGGUAUGUAAUGGUUCUACAUGCUACUUGGUUAGUAAAUUCUUUAGCCCAUCUUUUUGGCAACAAGCCAUAUGACCAACAGAUAAAUCCAGCUGAGUCGUUACCUGUGUGCAUAUUGGCGAUAGGGGAAGGCUUCCACAACUAUCACCACACUUUUCCUCACGAUUAUUCCACUUCCGAAUUUGGAGUAACCCUCAAUGUCACAACCUUUUUCAUUAACUGUAUGGCCAAAAUAGGAUGGGCUUAUGAUCUCAAAAAGGUUAGCCACAAAGCUGUGACCAGCAGGAAGUUGAGAACUGGGGAUGGCACCAAAAAUAUUUUUCUGCCCAUUAAAACAUCAAAGUCUAAUGCACGUUUAGGGGAAAUUUUAGAGGAAGAGAAGGAGGAAAAGCCUGUUGAAGAAGUCACCAGAGGAGCCGAAGAAAAUGAUUCCUCCACCACUCUAAGGAAAAGGAAUAUAAAUGUUGGCACAAUAAUCGUUGACAACAGUCAAAGUAACAAGGAAGAUCAACCAGAGGAAAUGAGUAACAAUAUCGAAAAAUUUAAAAGUGUAACCGAUACACCAAAUCUCAUCGAGACCCCAAAUUGCUUAUUUGCUCCUGGUUCUAUGCAGAAGAUGACAAGUGCGCUUGAUUUCGAUAUCUCAAAUAUGGCCAAUGUUAUGAAACCCCUUUCCCCCUGCGUCGACUUGGGACAAAAUUUACUAGAGAAAUUUUUCUCUUUCAACUGUAACACAUCUGUUAACUUCAAUAAUCAUAUCGGAAUCCAGCACAGGAGGUCCCAUUCGGAGACUGGUCUCUCCAGCUUUAACCAUUCUAUAGCUAAUAAGGGUGACGACUGCAGAUCAUCCUUAUUUCUGUCUCGUCAGAGAAGUAUCAACGGCUUUGAUAUGGAGUGCAUGAAAGGAGGUACAAACAAUUGCUUCAAUUUUUUGAAAGUUGGUAAUGGCUAAUUGUCAAUUAAUCAAAUUUUAUUGUAAAACUUUAUAUUAUUAAUAAAAUAUUAUUUUAUUGAUCCAUUUAUAUUUCCUUCUUUAAGAAUUUUUUUUUUAAUUAUUAUUUUUUUUUAUAAAUUAUAUAUUCGUUUGGUUUUAUGUAUAAACCUCAACGCUCAAUAACCUUUUCCAAAUAACAUUUAUAUGAUUAAAUUUUAUGUAUCGAUAUUAUAGGCAAAAAAAUUGAUAUUAAUAAUAAAUAUAAUAUAACAAUAGUAAACCAUUAUCUUUAUUAUAUAAAGGCAUAAUCUUGUUUUUAUCUGUAAUUAUAUAUUAUAAAUUUUUUUUAUCAAAUAUUAUGUGUACCAUUUCAACUAUUACUAUAUUUAUAUUAAAUUAGUUUUGUUAAUAUACGUCAUUUCACCAGCCCGUUGAUUUUAAUUUCAAAAUGUUUUUCCUGUAAUUUUUUUUUUUAAAAGCUCAAAAUUUAUCCUGGAUAUUUCUAAAUUAAAAUUUUUUUUUAGCUUCUAAUGUUUUUAUUUAUUUGAUAGACUAUCCAAUUUUAUAUAUCAUUAUUAUAUAUGGCAAUAAAAGUCCAACUUAGUUAUGAUUAUAAUCCUUGCGUAAAUUAAAUACCCCUUUUAGACUAUGUAGAUACAUAAUUAUUAUAUUUAUAAAUAAUAUAGUUAAAUUGUUUAACUAGUCAAAUAUAUCCUUUUUAUAUUAAAUUUCGUA